UCUACUGCAAGAGAUGAGACUUACUCUUUUGGUUUUGUGUGUAUACUUUGUGGUCCCCAUGGGCACCUCAACAGUAGACGAUGUUAACAGACUGCUUGCCAGAGCAAAUUCUACUAAUUAUAACAAAAGGAUCCGACCAUUGAAGAAUCAAACAAACGCUAUAGAAGUAAAACUUGGUUUAAUUCUGUAUAGUAUACAAGAUUUCGAUCAACCGAAGGAGGCAUUAUCCACUUCCGUUCAACUACUGGUUCAUUGGCAAGACGAGUUACUUGCUUGGGAAAAAGACGAAUACGGCGGCAUAGAGGAAAUGCUUUUUCCACAAGAUGAUAUUUGGAAGCCAGAUCUACGUCUGAAUAACUCGUACAAAUCCUUCACGGGAUUUGGAUCUGCCGACCUAUCUCUAUGGGUGUCGAAUGAUGGCAACGUCAGCUGGUUCCCCAUUCAAGCACUGGACUCACAGUGUUCCGUAAACACCUACAAAUUCCCACACGAUACGCAGACCUGUAGUCUGUUCUUUGAGUCGGCGUGUUAUCCCGAAUCGCAAUUGAAGUUAUUGAGAAGUGAAGAUGGCGUAGAGCUUACGUAUUAUCAACAUAACAGCGCAUGGCAUUUAAAAUCCAGUUCUACAGUGUAAGUAUUUUUCGUUUAAGGUUCUUACUAAGCUCGAAAAUGCAGAACGUAUGUGACAUCAAUAAUACACUUAGAAGUGUAGUAUUUGCUUUAAGAAUUGACCGUAUAAUCACUUCACAAACACUGCUG